UUUUUUGUAUCUAUGGCGAUUUCGUUUGACAAUGUUAUAUUUGUCGCGUAGUUUGACAAAAAAAUUAAUUAAUAUCGAAGUCGGUGCAGCGAGAAUCUUCAAAUGAGGAAAGACGGAGAGACAUGGGGAGCCGAAAAAUUGGAAGCUCAGUUGGAAACCGCUCGCGAUGGACUUCGCGGUCUCGAGCGAAGUAUCCGUAAGAUUAUGGGCCGGGAUCUUCCUGACGGCGAGAGUGGACCGCUUCAGCCGCCUAGAAUAUCUCAAAAACGACCAUUACAAGAAGAUCGCCGGCGAGUUGUAACAGAUUUUGUGAAUAGUGAACUACCUGGAGGCAAGCGGCGAUGGCAAAGUUCCACUGCGGAGCCAAAAACAGUUUUCAGUAGACUAAGCGCCCGUGUUCCAUCCAAUGCUGAUGAUAGCGCUGAUGAAGAUGAUAGUGUUAUCAAGCCUGCUGUAUCAUCCAGAGUAAUAGCCACUCCUCGAGAAAUUCCUUCACGUCAAGAAGUUAUCAGACGAGAAAGAACAGAUGAGCGUAGUCGACAAAGAAAUAAACGUAUGUUUGGCGCACUCUUGGGUACUUUACAAAAGUUUAGACAAGAAGAGACUAAACUUAAGGCAAAGGAAGAUAAAAAAGCAGAAGUAGAAGCCAGAGUAGAAGAGGCUAGGAAACGAGAAAAAGAAGAGUUACGAAAAGAACGACAACAAUUAUUUUUGUCACGGAAACGACAAUUGGCUGAAGUACGCGUAUUGGAAGCAAAACUCGCACGUAGUCGACAGUUUCAAGAUUGGCGCAAUGCACAGUUACCUCUUGCUUCAUUUAUAAAAACACGUGCACAACCUUCCAUUUAUUAUGUACCAAAGCGCAAACAUCCACAGACAGAUAUGUUAUUAGUGCAAUCCACAAAAGAACUUUAUGAUGAAAUUGAAAGAAGAGAGAAAGCAUUGGUAGAAGAACUAAAUUUAAUAGAGAUGCAGGUAGGAUUAGGCAAAAACUCGCAAAACUUUGAAGCUUCUACAUCUUUACAUAUAAUAGAAGCUCCACGCUCGAUAGAAGAGGGUGAAGAAAAUCGAGAUCCCAAUCCAGAACAUAUUGAAGCUCCAAUAAUUGAUAAUGCUGAUGUUUCAAUGCAGACUAUAAUAAAUGAAAAUUUUGAUGAUAAUGAUAUGGAGAAAAAAGAAGAAGUACAAUUGGAUCAAGUUCAACAAGAUGAAAAUAAUGGCUAGUAUAAAAUUUGCUAUAAUAAACAAAGUUCUACAUACUUUUGGAUGAUUCAAUAAUAAAAUGAGGAUUUUCAUAAUAAGUAUGUUGCAUCUUCAUGUCUUCAAGUAUUUUAUGCUUGGAUAAUUAAAAAUAGUAUUUAAAAGAUUAAAAAUUUGUCAUCAUUUUAUGAUCAUAUAAACCAUAUAGCCCAGUCUUUAUAGCUCCUAGUCCAUUACUAUAGUCAUGUUGAAUUAUAACAUUAGAAAUAAGAAGUUAUAACUUUUUCUCACAAUAUAUCCAAAUGAAAUGAUUUUUUGUAUCUUUCAUGUUUGAUAAUAUAGAUUAAUAAAAUAUG